UCUGCGAUUGGUCUGCGCGAGCCAGCGAGCGGGGUGCGGCGGCGGCUGAGGGCAACCUAGCGGGUCGUGACCGGAGCCUUCCCCUGACGCCCCGAAGACCGGCGGCAGCGGUAUCCUCGCACCGGUCCGGCCAGCGGAGACCCGCGGGGAGGCGAUAGCGGCGGCCUCGGCAAGCCGUCUUUAUCUAGAGCUGUAUACACUGAGCAUCCUGGAGUCCACCAUGAGUGGACAGUUGGACCUAAGUGGGAAGCUAAUCAUCAAAGCUCAACUUGGGGAGGAUAUUCGGCGAAUUCCCAUUCAUAAUGAAGAUAUUACUUAUGAUGAAUUAGUGCUAAUGAUGCAACGAGUUUUCAGAGGAAAACUUCUGAGUAAUGAUGAAGUUACAAUAAAGUAUAAAGAUGAAGAUGGAGAUCUUAUCACAAUUUUUGAUAGUUCUGACCUUUCCUUUGCAAUUCAGUGUAGUAGGAUACUGAAACUGACGUUAUUUGUUAAUGGCCAACCAAGGCCCCUCGAAUCAAGCCAGGUGAAAUAUCUCCGUCGAGCACUAAUAGAACUUCGAAAUAAAAUUAAUCGCUUAUUGGAUAGCUUGGAACCACCUGGAGAACCAGGACCUUGCACCAGUAUUCCUGAAAAUGAUACUGUUGAUGGUAGAGAAGAAAAACCUGCUGCUUCUGAUUCUUCUGGAAAGCAGUCUACUCAGGUUAUGGCUGCAAGUAUGUCGGCCUUUGAUCCCUUGAAAAACCAAGAUGAAAUCAAUAAAAAUGUCAUGUCUGCAUUUGGCUUAACAGAUGACCAGGUUUCGGGGCCACCCAGUGCUCCUGCAGAAGACCGUUCAGGAACGCCUGACAGCAUUGCUUCCUCUUCCUCAGCAGCUCACCCACCAGGAGUUCAGCCACAGCAGCCACCGUAUACAGGAGCUCAGACACAAGCAGGUCAGAUUGAAGGUCAGAUAUACCAACAGUACCAGCAACAGGCCGGCUAUGGUGCUCAGCAGCCACAAGCUCCCCCUCAGCCACCACAACAGUAUGGUAUUCAGUAUUCAGCAGGCUAUAGUCAGCAGACUGGACCCCAACAACCUCAGCAGUUCCAGGGAUAUGGCCAGCAACCAACUUCCCAGGCACCGGCUCCUGCCUUUUCUGGUCAACCUCAACAACUGCCUGCUCAACCGCCACAGCAGUACCAGGCGAGCAGUUAUCCUCCACCAACUUAUACCACUCAAACUUCUCAGCCUGCUAAUUAUACUGUGGCCCCUACUUCACAACCUGGCAUGACUCCAAGCCAACCAGGGGCCUAUCAACCAAGACCAGGUUUUACUCCACCUCCUGGAAGUACCGUGACCCCUCCUCCAAGUGGGCCUAACCCUUAUGCUCGUAACCGUCUUCCCUUUGGUCAGGGCUAUACCCAUCCUGGACCUGGCUAUCGAUAAGGAGGCUCAGCUACACUGAUGAAUGUAGCUGCUAGCUAUUUGCCUCCCCAAAGACUCCAAUACUACUAGUUUAUUUUAAUUUGUAUUGAAGUUCAGAAAUUUAAAAAAAGCAGAGCGUUUUUUUUAUAUCAAUAUCAUUGUUUCUGUUAAAUGAAAGUAUAAUUUGCUGGAACAUGAAAAAAGACCAAGGUGAAAUUUUUUUCCUCCCCUGCUUUAAAAUGUAGCAGCUUCCUAGUUAACUUUAUUUUGGAACACUACUCUUAAACGUGUGUAAAGUGAUUGACUUUCUAGCUUGCCUUGUCCAGGGGAUAUUAAAAUGUUAGGUUGAGGUUUAGCCAGCUUACUUGGCUUUUUACUAUUAACAUGAUGUACUAAAGUAGAUCCCUUAAGAAGACAACUAGAUAAUAUGUACAAAAUGUAACAUUGAUAGGCUAAUAAAGAUGA